AUGGUCCUUGUUUACAUUCUAUUCUCGGCAGCAGCAAGUCUAGCCGCUGUCGUGCCGCUUUCAGCGCGUACAGAGGCUGUUUUCGAUGUCAAGGAAGUCGCCAUGAAGACCAGCCCUCUCGACAAACAACUGAUUAGCCUAUCCGUCGAGUUCGGAAAUGCGGUUGACUUCUUCGGCGACGCCGGCAAGCCAAAUCUGUUUUCCAAGAGGCUUCUGCAGAAUGUAGUAGACCGCUCAUACGCCCCGACCAUACUUCGAAUAGGCGGGAAUACCCAGGACAGGGCCGAGUUCUGCGCAACAUGUAACAAAACGUUUGAGACGAUCGUGCAGGAUGACCCGGACGAUCCCAAAGGCUCUGAGGCUGUCAAAGUCACAUUCAACCCUCGUUUCUUCGAUGUAUUGACGUACAACGUGCCGGCAGGGAGUCCCAUCAUAUUCGGCCUCAACUACCGCAAUGAUAGUUUGGAGCUGGCCGAGGCCGAGAUUGGCGCCGCGUUUGAGUACCUCGACCAGAGCCUGGUCAUGGCUUACGAGCUGGGCAACGAGCCUAACCUGUAUGGCGAUUACCGACCGCCAACUUACGGAGUAAACGAGUACGCCGCCGACAUGCGGCAGUGGAUCCCAAGCCUGCGGGCCCUCUCGCCGCCGGGCGUCCAUCCCAGGUUCCAAUUCCCGUCGUUCGCCGGCCCGCAGCUCUUCAAACCCGACAUGACGAUCGCGAACCUAGUGGGCCUGGGUGUGCCACAGUCUAUUGGGAUCGACUAUUUUUCCGUCCAUGGAUAUCCUUAUGAUAUCUGCACUCCCGAGAGCGCAGCCCAAGUCGACCUAAGGAACUUCCUGGACCACAACAAGACUCUUUCUCUCAUCGCCUCCUACGGUGGCGAGAUCGCUGCGUCCAGGUCGCAGGGCAAGCCCCUGCACAUGGGCGAGACGGGCUCCGUGGCGUGCCACGGCAAGUUCGGCGUGUCCAACACGCUGGGCGCGGCGCUGUGGGAGCUCGACUACGCCCUCAGCGGCUCGACGCAGGGCAUCGACCGCUUCUUCUUCCACAUGGGCAAAGGCGACUUCUACUACUCCAUGUGGGAGCCGCUGCCGUCGGAGAGGUUCCCCGCGCCACAUAUCAAUCCCACAUACUAUACCAUGCUCUUCGCCGCCGACCUGGUGUCAGACCUCCCUGCACCCCAGAUCGCCCCGCUCACGGAGCUAGACACGACGUCAACGGUGCACUUUGCCGUUUACGACGGCGAGGAGCUCCGAAAGGUCGUCUUGCUCAACCUGGACUUCUUCAACGGCACGAUCUCUGCGAAUGGCACAUCCGCGACCGACGCAACCCGGCCGGCUAGGCAGUUUGACAUGGGUGCGGCUCUUGGGAGGGAGCUCCGGGUCCGGCGCCUGACGGGGGACGACUCUGCUGCGACGGAUGGGGUGACAUGGGCUGGGCAGAGCAUUAACGGCGACGGAGCGGUCGUUGGUGAGCUGCGGGUAGAGAAGAUUACCGAUGGAGUGGUGACACUUUUGGCGUCUGAGGCCGUCAUCGUUGAGAGGGGCUGA